AUGCAUGGGCCUUAAAAAGAAAAUUCUGACUAAUCAGAUUCUGAAGAUAUAAUUGAUGAAUAAACGAACAAUUUAAUUGGAAUUUUUAAAGUUCGAAAAUUAAUAGAUUCAGACAAAUAACCUACAGAUCCACAAAUAGUAAAAAUAAAAGAAGAUCUGCAAUGUCCAAUUUGUCUAAGUUUAUUUGAAUAACCAGUCUAUAGUAUUUAUUAAAUUGAACUUAGUAAAGGACUGUAGUCAUAGAUAUUGUAAGAAAUGUAUAGAAAAGAGUAUAAGAUUAUAAAAAGAUAAAUCAUGUCCAACUUGUAGAAAAAAAAUAGCAACAAGAAGAGAUUUAAGAGUUGACGAAGUAGUGACUAAAAUACUAAAUACUGUAGUUCCUGAUAUUGAAUAAUAUAGAAUAUAGGAAGAGAUAUAAAUAUAAUAAGCGAUUAAAAAUUUGAGUUAAUAAAGAUAAAAAAAUGAGGAAAUCCAAAAAUUAGUAAGUCAAACUGACACUGCUUUGUCAUGCAGCAUUUAAUUAUAUGCCCAAAAUUAAUUGAUUCAUUAAAUUGAUAAAAAUUAUAUUAGAGCUCCUUUAAUUACUACUGUUGCAGAUAUUAUUCAAUUAAUUAGUCUUAAAUUAAAUUUACCUGAAGAAUUUACCUAAUAUAUUGAUAUUUAUAUCAAUAAUGAAAUUUAAACUUAAAUGGAUAAAACAUUAGGAGCAUUAAAUUAAGAAUAUUGGGGUAGAAAUGAAGAUUAUUAAAUUUACAAUCCAAAUGAUUUUCAUAAAUGGAGUACAUAGGAUUCGAAUAUUGCAAUAAGAUAAAUUCAUUAUUCUAUUGAUAGAUUUUAUUAAAGCAAUUUGUGA